AUGGAGAAUUUGCUUUCGAGUUGGUGCACCACUGUGAAAUCUUUACCCCAGAAUUAUGUCUUCCCUGAAGGGGAAAGACCUGGGAAAGAAACUGUUCCCGUUUUCAGCAAUUGUCCGGUGAUCGAUCUUGAAAAAGYAGUUUCUGGUGGUCGGAAGGAUGUUGUUCAACAAAUUCUUCAAGCUUGCCAAGACUCCGGUUUCUUUCAGGUUAUCAACCAUGGAGUUUGUGAAGAUUUGAUUGAUGAUACAAUGGAAGUCGUCAAAGAGUUCUUUAACAUGCCGAAUGAAGAUAAAGCAAGUCUAUACUCUCAAGAUUUUCACAAGAGUUGUAGACUGUACACAUCUACUUUCAAUUAUGCUAGAGAGCCGAUCCACCUUUGGAGGGACACCCUGAAACACCAUUGUCAUCCUUUAGACAAAUGGGUUGAUUCGUGGCCCCAAAAKCCCUCCAAAUACAGAACAUAUAUUACGAGAUUGAUUAUAUUAGUAAACCACUAUCCACCAUGCCCCGACCCAAGUUUGGCUUUAGGAAUAUCAAAACAUYGUGACCCUAAUAUCAUAACGACCCUUUAUCAAGGAAAUAUGAGUGGGCUUCAAGUAUUGAAGGAUGGACAAUGGUUUGGGGUCGAACCAUUUCCUAAUGCUUUUGUGGUCAACAUUGGUCAACAACUCAAGGUUAUCAGUAAYGGAAAGUUUGAAAGUGCAGAGCACAGAGCUGUGACAAACUCAGAACACCCAAGGUACACCAUUGCCACCUUCAUCAACCCUCGUAACGAUGCUGUCAUUGAACCCGCAAAGGAGCUCCUUGAGAAAGAUGAUUCYCGCCCUMUKUUUCGAGCCUUUACUUAYGAAGACUUUCAUCAUGCAUUCCUUGAACAUCGAGGCGAGGGUGAAGCUACCCUUGGAGUGUUUAAGAUCAAGGAUUAA